GCGCUGCACCGCCAUUGACAGCUCUGCCCGGCUAGAGGAUAACCACAGGGAACAAGCAAGCCAUGGCUGGAAACGACGACCAUCUAGCGUACGGAAAUGUUCCUGGACAGUCGGAUCGUGGUUCUGGGUCUGGUAGUACCAGAGCGUUUCUCGGGGACACUCUACGGACGUUCCGUGACAAGUACGACAAGUACUCGCAUGGCCAGCAAGGCCAGCAAGGCCAGCAACAACAACAACAACAACAUCAGCAACAAUAUCCAGUGAGUAGAGCGUCACAUUUACAAUUUUAGUUGUCAGGCCUCAAACGUUUAUUGCUAUCCUAUAUUCUCUAGCCGUGCUUAACAGACUUUAGGGUCAGCCCGGGAACCAUGGUUACAACCCUCAGGGCCAGGCACAGUACCAGCAGCCGUACCAGCAGCAGCCACCCGGCCAGCAAGGAGGUCAAUAUGCACCAGAUCCAACUCACGGACAGAACCCUCAAUACUACCAGAGUGCCAGCGGAGGUCAUGGCAGCGGCGGAAAACCUCCAAAGACCGACCUAGUCUCCGGCAUCUUCGGCAAGCUACAGGGUAUCGGCUCGGAGGUGGCACAGCGGAUCGGAUCCAACCUUGACCCUCAUGCGUACGCUACAUAUGGUGCAGAUACAGCUGGUGCCAACUCGAAGAACAGAUACGGGAGCUUUGCACCCGUUCGGCACCAUGGAGAUGCAAAGUGGUAUGUCGACGGGUGUAGCUAUAUGUGGGCUGUGUCUAGAGCAUUGGAAACAGCAAGGGAGUCUAUCUGGAUUCUUGACUGUAGGGCCUCUCUUCCAUCCUUAAUUGCCGGUAAUUUAUCUAACCAACGGUGUUCUAGGGUGGUUGUCUCCAGAGCUAUAUCUCAGACGGCCUCCGGCUCAGAAUGAACAGUAUCGUAUUGAUAGGAUGCUCCAGGCAGCUGCCCAAAGAGGAGUUCGUGUCAACAUCAUCGUUUACAAGGAGGUUACCCAGGCACUAUCAUGUAAGUCAACCGCUGUUAGUACUAUGUUUAUGGAUAAAGCCAGAGGCUAACCUGGAUCAUAAGUGUCCUCAUCUCAUACCAAACAUCACCUUGAAGAUCUGCACGAGAACAUAGUUGUAUUCCGUCACCCAGACCAUUUGCCAGACAAGCAGACUGUGCAAUCGGAUGUGAUGUCUUCCUUCCAGAAUCUGACAUUAAACGCUGCAGGUCUCUCAAAGCUGUCUGGUGAUGCACUUAAAACAGUGUACGGCCUUAGCGGCGGCGUUGUCCUCUUCUGGGCACAUCAUGAGAAGCUAUGUAUCGUCGACGGCAGGACUGCAUUCAUGGGUGGUCUUGAUCUCUGCUUCGGACGCUGGGACACUUAUCAGCAUGCUAUUGCUGAUGUACAUCCAACUGACCUGAAGCAGGCUGUUUACCCGGGCCAGGAUUACAAUAAUGCUCGAGUCUUGGAUUUCCAAGACGUCGUUCACUGGGAGAACAACCAGCUGGACCGAAAGUCAAACUCCCGUAUGGGAUGGAGCGAUGUUGCUGUUAGCUUGCACGGUCCUGCCGUAGAGGAUCUGAGGAAGCACUUUGUGGACCGCUGGAACUUCAUCUAUGAUGAGAAAUAUGCAGUCCGUAAAGUCCCACGUGUCUCUAGACUUGAGCUCUACCGUCAGCCGAUGGGCCUAGGAGGACAUCGCCCCUCGUCACAACAUGGUCCAGGGCCUGCUCCGCCACCUGCUGGAUCUCAGGGAUACCAGCAACAGCAACAGCAACAGCAACCAGCUGGAGCGUAUAGCGGCCAGCAACAGCAGCAACCUCAAGGGUCUCAAUCGCCUUACUAUCCACCACCUCCUCCAGGACCUCCACCAGCUGCGUCUUCAACGACCGGUGGUGGCUACCAACCUCACUCGUCUGAGGUACCUUACUUCCCACCUCCACCAACUCAAGGCAACAAUCCUCCCACUCAAAGCCGUGGCGUUGACGAAUAUAGCGAGGGAGAUAGAAGCAGCCGUGGAAUUGGAAUCAAGGGUGAGUUUGCCAACUUUGGCAACACCCUACGAGCCCAGUUGGCUGGCCAAGUCCACCGUUAUCAGGACCGAUACCUCUCUGGUAAUGCUCCAGGGCAAGGCCAAGGACUCUCUAAUACAAACGUGUCUUGUCAGAUAGUCCGAAGCAGUGCUAAAUGGAGUAACGGCACUGAGACGGAGCAUUCAAUUGCAGAUGCAUACGCGGCCAUUAUCCGUGAUAGUGAGCACUUUAUCUAUAUUGAGAAUCAGUUCUUCAUCACUGCUACAUGUGAUGCCCAGAAACCAGUAAAGAACAAGAUUGGUGCUGCCAUCGUCGAACGCAUCCUUCGUGCUGCAAAGGCAGGCCAGAAAUACAAGAUGAUUGUCAUCAUUCCCGCCGUGCCUGGGUUCCCUGGUGAUCUCCGCGAGGAUGGUAGCUUAGGCACUCGCGCCAUCAUGGAGUUCCAGUACUUCUCCAUCAACCGGGGAGGAAACAGUAUCAUGGAACUGAUUGCCAAAGAAGGGUAUAACCCCAUGGAGUAUAUUCGUUUCUACAACUUGCGCAAUUAUGACCGUAUAAACGCCAGUGCCAUAAUGCGUCAAGCCGAGAAGGCAAGUGGAGUGAAUUAUGAAGAUGCGAGAAAGCAACAUGACGCUGCCAUGUCAGCAUCAAGACCUUCUGCCUUCGACACCACGGCUGCGUACCCACAGUAUCAACAGGCUGCUCAGCAUGUAGCUGCAGCUAACCCGCAGGCUGCCGCCGUUGGUCGAUGGGAUACCGUAAGUUCUUGCUACAUGCUUGGAGGAGAAGACAUUCGCAAUGUUCCGUGGGAGCAUGAUGACGAUACUUCUGAGAUUGACGCCUUCGUCACGGAGGAGUUGUACGUUCACUCAAAGCUUCUCAUUGCCGAUGACAGAACGGUCAUCUGUGGAAGCGCGAAUUUGAACGACCGUUCUCAGCUUGGUGACCAUGACUCUGAAAUCGCAGUCAUCAUCCAGGAUCCAACCGCAAUGGAGUCAAGGAUGAAUGGACAGAACUAUGUCGUCAGCCAGUUCGCAGCCACUCUAAGACGACAGCUCUGCCGAAAGCACCUUGGAUUGCUCCGACCGCAGGACUAUCAGCGUCCCCAGGCCAACUAUGAACCAGUAGGAGUCCCUAAUGAGUAUGACUUUGGUUCACCUGAAGACAACAUCGUGGUAGACCCAGUCGCAGACACCUUCCAUAGCCUCUGGAACACCCGUGCCAGACAGAACACCGAGGUCUACCGAAAGGUCUUCCACGUUGUGCCUGAUGACACCGUUCGUAAUUGGAACGACUACAAGGAGUUCUAUGAGUACAACUUCCGCAAGCCUGAUGGAAAAGACGGAAACCAAGAACCUCGCUACCUCCCCGGCCAUGUGAUCCGUGAUGAGUUCCCUGAAGGUGUGAAGGCCGUCAAGGAAGAGCUGGCUAAGGUCAAGGGAACCAUUGUUGAAAUGCCGCUGAUGUUCUUAGCGGAAGAAGACAUCGCAAAGGAGGGAUUGAACCUGAACUCCUUCACGGAGACCCUCUACACCUAAUGAUCCACCUUGCAGUCCAUGGUGGCGCCCUGCGAGAUCAAUCUAGAGCGACCUUUGUCCCUUUAUUCCAUCAGCCCUUAUUUUAUUCUGUUUUUUGAGAUACUAUAACGCUUCCUUUUGAACACGGCCGAUGUGUAUCACUUGUUUGUAUUUGGCCUGACUCUUUGCCUUUGGAUAUAUGUUUCGAUGAUAAUGAUUGGAAUACAAGAGCUCCUUCCCCAGGUAUCUAGGCAAAGAAAUCCCAAGAGUUGAGAACAUCCGUCGAUGUCACUUCAUGUCCUGACUCGGUGACUUUCGUCUCUUCUUUGUGUUGUUCCGCUCAAAGAAGUUGGAGUCGCUGUUUUUGCUUCUUCCUCUUGCGGCUUGAUAUUGUUCUCUGCAGCACAAUAUUAAGGAUGGAGUUGGACGUUAGAUUUCUCGUCUUCCUAUUGGUUGCUGACUCAGCAUGAACAUUACGCUAGUCCUAUUGCGGACUAGCCUCUGACACUUCUGAUAUUGUUCUAAACAACAAAAAUUGUAACUUCAAGAUGGUUUUUUGCUGUUUCUUCCGUGUUUUGCGCUGUUUGAUGCCGAAAAAAAGAGUGAGUGGCUGGUUCACUUUUCACUUAUGGCACCAGCCGGGUUUAUUAUCCAAAUCCGGAUCCCUAUCUUUGGUGUUCACUCUGAAGAACACCGGUUCGUUUCGUUUACGCGGUCCCCAUAGAUUCCAAGGACCAAAUACCCGUGCUGAAUAUGUAAUUCUUAGGUGUUUUAGACUUAUCAGAUACCCAGGACUAGGCGCUUCGAUAGCCACAAAUAUAUCUGUGCCAUAUCCAUGUCCUAUCCGAGGGAGGGGCUUGAGAUCCUCGGGCUGCUUGAAGCGUGUUUGCGUAUAUGGGCUUUGUAUCCCAGUGAGAGAGUGAUAUCUGCCUAUAGCAAAGAUAGCUAUAUCCUAUUUGGCUUGCUGCUGGCUCAACGCCACCACUUUAGUGCCUCUUGACCUUCUAUCCCCUUCGAACCAUCGAAAGAAAUGGGGAUUUGUGCCGAGAAAGGGACGCAUUUUCCUUGAUUAAAAUCUCGUAUCCGAAGUCGAAAUACCUCACCUGAACCCUAGAAUAGAUUCGGCUCCUUGGAUUACUUGACAGUUUCUUCCGUUUUUACAGAGUUCUGGGUAGUUCAUGUUUGCUUGUUACUGCUCCUUGGAGCCAUAAAACGCCAAAAUGGGCACUCUUUUUGGUUACACGGUGCGCUUGGUUACCCAGAACUCUUCCUCAUCUAGAUGCUCCCCGAUAAUGACUAGGCCGCAUGAAGUGAUUACCUACCGCAAAAAGGUCAGGCCAAGUACUCCCUUUGGGCGCCGUUACUGCGUCUAAACGUACCUCAAGCUAAAUCAUAAUAUAGACUUUGGAAGGAGGUCACUGAGUAUACCUUGUUCUUUUAGUGAACACACUAUCAUGAAUUAGCAUGAAUCCAGCUUAAACUAUAACUUCAAGAUGGCUUUAAAAUAGCACAAUACGAAGUCAAAACAGACAAUGUUUUGACCAAAUACACCAUUAAGAUGGCAAAUAUCAAUACUAACCGCCUAUCUAUUGUCUCCCCACCAGUCUACCCGCAACACAAUUCCUCAUUAACUAUGCUUAGGAUCUUGCCUCAUUCCGUUUUCGGUAUGUUAAAAUGACAUCUCGAGUUCUCAACGUGGUCUUUCCACUUUUUACAAGCUAUCUUCAACCAGUCUUAUCGGUCGCUCUCUAGCUCCAUACUUUCCAGGAAAUUGCUUUCCGUCCGUGCAUUGCAUACCAUAUGAUGGAG